AGUGACCUGAGCAAACUUUAAGUUUCAGUUAAAAUCUCACACAAAAGUCAUCACAUUUUAUUAAUUAAAUAACAAAUCAGGUAAUAUCAGAGGAUAUUUGUAAAACAAUUACUUCAUAGACCCGUUAGCGAUAAGAGUAAAAUGAGAAUGAGUCUAGAAGGCAAGGAAGUUGUAAAAAAUGGCAAGUCAAGUUCGCCGUUAUCAAAAUCUGAAUAUUUUACUCCAGAGACGUCUGAUGAUGACUUAAAUUUAAAGAAGAACUUGAAUAAACCGAACAAGCCAAAAAGUGAAUUUGAAGAAAAAAUUCGAGUUGGAAAAGAUUAUCAAGUUAUUGUACCCGAGAUGCAUAACAAAAAUGAAAAUAAUUAUCCUGACAAAGCACUGCUUGUAUGGUCACCAGCAAAAGACAUUCCCGAAAAUAAGCUGGAAGAUUAUAUUGAGCUGGCAAAAGAGAGAUAUGGAUAUAAUGUUGAGCAGGCACUUGGCAUGCUCUUUUGGCAUAAACAUGACUUACAAAAAGCAGUCAUAGACUUGCAAAAUUUUACACCUUUUCCAGACGAAUGGACCAAGGAAGACAAAAUACUAUUUGAGCAAGCCUAUCAGUUUCAUGGAAAAUGUUUUCAUCGCAUCCGACAGAUGCUACCUGACAAGUCAAUCGCAAGUUUAGUUAAAUUUUAUUAUUCAUGGAAGAAGGCAAGAACUCGUUCGAGUACUGAGCGUCAUGAACGAAAGAAGCACGAUGGGCAUUCAGAAAAUGGAAGUGAAAACGGAAGUCCAAAUGACUCGGAUGUCGAAGAAAAGAAUGACUCUGACAACGAAGUGAAAGAAAUGGGUGAGAUUGAAGAAAUAAUUGGAAUUAACAAUAAGGAUAGUUCAGAACAACAUAAAUCACCGAAUAAUAAGACUAGUAUUAUGACUACGAGCGGUAAUAGUAAGGCUCAUAAACGUAAACAUGACGAUGAUUCUCACGCAUAUGCUGAGAAGAAGCUUGCAGCUGAAAAAAUGAUGAGCGACAAGCCAGAAAUUACAAUCACAUUGAAAGCGAAAGAAGUAACUGAUGUUGCUUAAAUAACAUUAUAUGCUUAUUUAUUUCGUGUUUCGUAUCCUCCUCUUUUAUUCUCAGAUGAAUAAUUGUAAUAAUAUUAAAUGUUAUUAAUUAAUUUCGUCAAUAAUGUUUCAAACAGAAUUUAGAAAUUUAAAUUUAAGCAAAAGUCUUGAAGGUUAUGAUGAUAAUAAAGAA